AUGAAGGCUACUUUCUUCCUCGCUGCCGCUGGCCUCGUUGCCGCUCAGGACUUCGGUGGUCAACCCGAGUGUGCUCUCAAAUGUCUCCAGGAGAACAUCCCCAAGGCCGGCUGCAAGCUCGAGGACACCGCCUGCCAAUGCGCCUCCGAUUUCCAGGAGAAGCUCCUCCCCAUCAUCACCCCUUGCUUGACCAAGGCCUGCGAGGCUCAAGACCUCCUGAAGGCCCAGUCCGCUGCCGCCGAGGCCUGCAAGGAGUUCGCUAAGACCGCCGGCUCUGGCAAGCCUACAGCUACCUCUGCUGCUGCCACCACCGGCGCCGUCACUGUCAGCAUCGAUACCUCCGUCACCGGCUCCGCCAGUGUCCCCGCGAUCUUCUCCAGCAUCCCCGAGGAGUCCACCGCUGUCCCCGUUACUCCCCACCCCGGCAACGGAACCUCCACCAAGACUCACGGAGCUUCCACCCCCAGUGGAACUUCUGGCUCUGGUUCCGGCAGCGAGAGUGGCAGCGCCAGCAGCGUUCCUACUGGUAACGCUGCUGCUGUUGCUGGCCCUGCCUUCGGUCUCCUCGCUGCUCUCGGUGCUGUUCUUGCUCUGUAA